AUGACUCGGCUGAGAGGGGCGGACGUGACCGAGCCCAACAGCUCGGACAGCCGCGGCGAGCGCCUCGACUUCUUCCUGAAGCAGGAGGAAGCCCUCGCCGCCGAGCCCAGCUACCUGGGCGCCGGGGACUCGGAGGAGGCCGGAGGCGGAGGAGGAGGAGGAGGAGGAGGAGGAGGAGGAAUCGGCGGCGGGGGCGGGACCAUCUCGUCCGUGGCCAAUCUGAAGGCGGCGCUGAUGAGCAAGAACAGCCUGCUGUCCCUGCGGGCCGAGAUGAUGGGCGACGAUAACCCGCUGCUGUUCGAGUACCUGCCCAAAGGAGCACACUCCCUGUCUCUGAACGACUUCACAGUGAUCCGUAAAAAGUUCAAGUGCCCCUACUGCAGCUUCUCCGCGAUGCACCAGUGCAUCCUAAAGAGGCACAUGCGCUCCCACACCGGCGAGAGGCCCUACCCCUGUGAGAUCUGUGGCAAGAAGUUCACCCGGAGGGAGCACAUGAAGAGGCACACCCUGGUCCACAGCAAAGACAAGAAGUACGUGUGCAAAGUGUGCAGCCGGGUCUUCAUGUCGGCGGCCAGCGUCGGCAUCAAACACGGCUCGCGGCGUCACGGCGUCUGCGCCGACUGCUCUGGCCGCGGCAUGGCGGCGCUGCUGGACCACAACGGGGAGGUGGGCGGUGACAUCUCCCCGGAGGAGGAGCUGUACCCCGGCGACCGCUUCCACGACGACCAGGCGGAGUGCGACGGCGACGGCGAGGAGGAGAUGAUGGCCGAGGCGGACGGCGAGAUGAUGGGAGAAGGGGACGAGGAAGGGGGCAAGUGGAAGGACUCGGGGAUGGCGGCCGAGGCGCGGGACAAUGAGAAGGAGGAGAGCGACUCCUCGGCGCCGGAGGGGGAGCAGCAGAACGGGAGCGAGCGGGACUUCGCCUGGAUCUCCUAGAAAUCUGCACCGGCUUCCCUCGUCGAAAAAAACCUCCCAAAAUCUCUGAAGAUCUCCUGCGAUCCCUCGGGGCGGAUUCCUCUGCUCUCUUUACCCACUCGCCCCCCCGCGGGCCGGCCUUUUCCUUUGAAUGGAAACGCUGUAGGGUGAUUGCGCGACAAUGAUCUCAAAUGCACACACACACACACACACACACACACACACACACACACACACACACACUUCGGUUAUUCUCAACAUUGACCGCCGCGGGAAAAAAAGAAGUGGUCAAGAGAUGGCCGGAGUGCGAAGGCUUUUUUUUUUCUGCUUUACCUCCUUUUACUUCUGAUGCAGUGUUUUUAUUGUUUUUGUUUUUGUUUGUGUGUUUUUUUUCUCUCGAGGGUUUCGGGCCCCCGAGUCCUGUAGUUUUCUACUCUGUCACAACAGGAAUCAACGAGGACGCCGCCGAGGACACGGACCGACGCUAAGACUGCAACUUUGUGCGCUUGCCAGCACAAUCACCAUGGAAACCAAGGAUCACUGACGGUGUA